UCUCGUCGCUGGGCCUUUGUUUUAACGACAACGACGAAUAUCGAGUCAAGAACUGCAUGCAACCAACAAUAAUAAUACACAAUCCGGUUGAACGUUUUGUCAGAGCAAUUUCAGUUGAAUUCGGAGCAUUGUGCCAGCAACACACGAAGAACAUCGAGUGUUGGUGUCAUUAAGCAAGCACAAAACUACAACUACCCAUAAUCAUACUGACAAUUUUUAUAAACAAAGAUUCGUUUAAAAUUUACAUAAAAAACCCGUUUAUUUUCAUCACGUCAGAUUGAACAGUAUUCGUAAAAAUGUCGUCGACAGGGCCUGAACAAGUGACGAUUGAUGUGGAACGUUUGAAUGAUCAUCCGGAGACAAAUAAACAGAUGGAUUCACUGAAAGCGGGUGAGAUAGCGACCGAUGGACGCCAUUCAAGGGGUCAUCAACGACACGGCAGCAAUGGUAGUCAUCAUCACAGUCAUCACUCGCAUUCCGGUGAAAGUGAUGCAGAAGACAAAAAUCGUAGUCGGCGCUCACGUCGAAGAUCCAGGUCUCGAUCACGUUCACCGUCACAUCGCACCAAACGAGCCACAGAGAAUAGUGUCCCAUCAACGGAAAAAGAUGUAGUCACCAAUUCACAUGAUGUCGAACCGCUUCUUGUGACAAAUGUUCACCAUACAAAAAAACACACUGAAUUGGACGAGGAUGAUUCAGAUGAUAGUGUGACGCAGCAUGAAGAAAAUCCAGGUGUAGAUGAUGGUUUUUUUGUAGGUACACGAGCCGAAACCGAUGAAACAAAUGACAAAUUCCAUCCAAAUGUGAAUCACAACAACAAUAUCCCGCACGAAAAUCCAUCGACAUUCCCCUUCGGACCCGGCUUCAAUCCGAAUGUGAUACUCGAUGCGAAUGGGAAUCCACAAGUUGUACCCGAUAUCAAUGUUUAUCAACAGAAAAAGAACCUGGCACAAGGUAUGAUGGACUUGGCAUUACUCUCAGCCAAUGCAAAUCAAUUGCGAUACGUUGUCGAAACCUACCCAUAUCAUCCGUACUAUUGGUUCAGUUUGAUUUCUAUUUCGAUCAGCUUAAUUCUUCAGGUUGCUGUCGGUGUUGGAUUGAUCCUAAAUAGUCGAUACAAUGUAAAGAAUAAGGAGCAAAUUUGCCGCGCUGACAAAGUCAACAAUUUAACCGUCAUUGGCAUCUUUCUCAUCACCGCCGUGAAUGUGUUCAUUACAGCGUUUGGAGUAGCUCCGUCAGAAUCGAAACCCAAUUAGCCU